UGGUAAGACGAGCUGGCUGCCAGCGAUCAGUUGCAGACGGUCAGUCGAGCGAGACAGUUGUGUGCGCGGCGGUGUUGGAAAACCGAACUCGAAUUCGAACCACUGAGGAGCCAGCCAAGCUCAGGCCAGAAUCCACCAACGACUCGAAUCGUAUCGAAACGAAUCGAAUCGCCACAAAAAUCGAAAGAAAAAAACACAAACCAACACAAACAGAUCUGACAACAUGAAGUUCGUGAUUUUGCUGUGCGUGCUGAGCGCGUUGCUGCUGCAAAUUGAGGCGUCUCCCCUCCAGCGGCUUUCGAGGAGCGAGCGGGCUGUUUCCCGUCAGCAGACGGUGAACAAUGAGGUGGCUCCAGCGGUAGCUCCUGCCAGCGAUGACGACGAUGACGACGACGACGAGGACGACGAUGAUGAGCCUGAUCUAGGGGAUCUGAUCGAUGACGAUGAUGUUCUUUUGAUUUCGGGACUUUCAGAUGAUGAUGAGGAGGAGGACGAUGACGAGGAUGAGGAGGAUGAUACGCCCCAGGGUCAGGCUGCUCCGGCGGCCACUGCCAGCGACAAUGACGAAGAGGAGGACGAUGAUGAUGACGAUUAUCUGGACAGGCUGUUCGACGAUAUCCUGGGCGAUGAUGAUGAUGAGGAUGAUGAUGACGAGGCGCCCGCUGCCACCGCCCAGCAGAGCGCUGCUGCAGCCGCGCCCGCCCAAACUCUGGAUGAGGUCGCCCCCGCUGCCGCCUCCUCCGUGAGCGCCGGAAUCUCCGAUGGUGUUGAUCUGCCCGCCGAGUCCGGAAACGCCGCCGAGCUGCUGGCCGCCGGAAAUGCCGCCGAUGAGUCCGUGUCCGCUGCAGUUGCUCCGGCGCAGAACGCAGCCGCCAGCAGCAGCAACAACGAAGGUGAACAAAAUGUUUUUUACGAUGAAGACGCACUUGUAGAUGGUGUUAGUGGUGGCACAACUAGUUUAAGUAGCACCCUUGCAAUUGACGAACAACAGAAACAAACAAACAUACAGCUGCAAGAACAACUGAAACUGCAACUGCAACUGCAACAGCAACAGCAAUCACUGGCUUCAUCUCAGCAUGCGACGACAACCACAACAAGCACAGUCAACAAGAACACUCUAACCAACAACAACAUCAUUAACAAUAAGCUGGUGGCCAGUGGGACGACCUUGGGGCAACCGGCGACAGGUGUUGCAAGUGGGGUUGCUCCCGGGAAUGUUGCCGCUGGCGCCGACGACACUGACAACGACGAUGACGAUUAUGAUGAGGACGACGAGACCGAUGAUGAUGAUGAUGAUAUUGAUGAUGGAGUCGAUGAAAUUGGUGAAAUUACAGGUAUCGCCGGCGACGACGACGAGGAGGCCGACGAUGAUGAUGACGAUGACGACGAUGACAUUAUCGGCGAUGACAUCAUCGAGGCCCGCCGCGAAGCACGUGACCUGAAGAACAACGUCAUCGAUAUGUCCACGGAUGCCUUCCAGGCCCGCCACAACCACUUCAUCGACGCCAUCUUCUCGAGGAUCAAUCGCAUCGUCUCGGAAAACUAUGAUCCCUAUGUGGUCAACCUAACUGGUCGCUCCGCUUUGCCAAAUGCCGCCAGUGGGUCAGCGGUGAAGGGCACCAACAAGAAGCAAUCGACGAGCAGCAAGGUCGGAGGUCACAAGAAGCUGAAGAACACGCGCUCGGAGCCCCGUUCCGCGAAUCCGAACCAGGAGGCCAGGGAGGCUGCGGUGAAGCUGCAGGAGCAAUUGACGCAAUUACAGUCGGAGCUGGGCAUCAAGGCCGUGGAGAAGAGGCCCAGGGGGCCGGCCACCAGCCCCGCAUCGCCUGCCACCGAGUCCGAGUCCGAUUCUGGAUCACCGAAGGCGGAAACGCGCACCGUUUCGGGCGCAAAAACGGGCCAAAAGAAGUCCUCGAACAAGCAGAACACGAAUAAGGCGUCGAGCCUGAAAUCAGGGAACUACAAUCAGCCGGCGGGGGCCAGCAAAGCGGGAGCCGCCGGCGGUGGGGCGGUGGAGAAGCUGCAGAAGGCCGAGGGCAGGCUCUCCGGACUGGCAUCCCUGAAGCGGGUGGGAAAUGUCAAGGUGAUCAGCGAUGCCGAGGGACGCAACUCGACGAUCAAGGCGAAGUUCACGCUGGGUCCGCUGGUCCUGCGGGUGGAGAAGUCCUUCAAGAAGGGCAGCGUGAGGAGCGUGAAGAGCGCGACCGCCAGGACGAACGAGAUGAUGGGCCGCAUCAAGUUCAGCGUGCUGGAUGAUCGGGCCACCCUGAUGUCCAUCAAGGUGCAGCAGCCCAAGCAGGUGGAGGUGGAGAGCAAGGACAAUCACGACCGCACCCGCGAGUUUGUGUGGCGACGCACGCCCAAAAUUGCCAAAUUGGUCAACGAGAAGCUCAAAUUGGCAGCCGAAUCCUUGUUUGCCCCCCAGGGCGUCGAAGUUGUCAGGCUCUGAGUGCAAAAAAAAAAAAAAAGUAAAGGGUCCUGCAGGAUAACAGCCAUUUCUCACUGCUCUGCUCAGCUGUAGUCUACGCCUAAUUGUAAUGCCUAAUUUAUUUAUUUAUUUAACUUAUUUACCCAUCUAUUUAUCAACCCAUCUAUCGAUAAUAAAUCAAUUCUGACCAUGCAA